AUGAGUGACCAGUGGCUGCAUAAUAGCGAAGAGGUGUCGGUUUUGAAGUUCAAGGAUAGAGGUGUGUUGCGCGACCUGGGUAUUGACCCCGAAGAGAAGAAGAAGAAGAAGAAGAAGGCGAAAAAGAAGAAGGUUAUUACCAUAGAUGCUGAUGUGACCAGUAAGAAGGGUGGGAGAAGUCGCACAACGCCCGGUGCUGCUGAUAAAGGUUUGUCGCGCGUAGGCGAGAAGAAGACAGGAGCUGCUGGUUCGAGGAGCUCAGGGAGCGCGGGUUCUCGCAACCCAGAUGCUGGAGCCACUUCGUCUUCUCUCGCGCAUGAAGAAGAAGAAGAGGAAGAGGAAGAAGAGGAACCUGCGGCAAAGUUGAUCAGCAGGAAAAGGAGCAGGGAGACCACGGCAGAGGCCAAAAAGAAGACCCCUGAAAAGAAGGGUGUUGUCAUCACAGAUCCCCCAGAGCCGGCGCAGAAGAGGCCUAAGCCUGUCGGAGCUGAUCCGAAGGAUACCGGGACCGCUGCUACAACUGCAAGCGACAAGGCGCAGGGUCCCAAAAUUGUUUGUAUCACGGGGCUUGACCAGCCCCAUCAUGAGAAGAGAAAAGAACCUGAGGUUGAGAAACCAACUAAACCCGCGCCAGCUAAUGCCCCCGUUCAGACUGCUCAAGUAACUACUACUGGGGGGUCCGGCUCUGGUGUUCACAAAGGGAAAACUGCUGCAGCUGGUGGUGCAAGUCCUGGUGGUGCUAGAGGGUUUAUGCCACAAAACAUCAGCCCAAAGGAUACCCUUGGUGAUAUUUAUUACAAAACUUAUACCGAGGAGUCGCGCGGCAAUGCUCCACACCAAGCUCCUUGGGGUCUAAAGUAG